GAUCAACUGGACCAGGGAGCCCAGAUGAGUCUUGCAAAGAGGAGGAUCAAGAUGGAGGACAGUCUGUUGGCCAGAGGAAGAGGGUUAAGCUGAGUAGCAAUACCAAAGAUCAUUGCAUCAUCGAAUCACUAAAGCAUAAGUGCUUUCUGGAAGAAUUGCUGUUUUGGACAAUAAAAUAUGAGUUUCCUCAGAAAAUGGUCACUUUCCUGUUAAACAUGUUGCCAGAUCAAGAUUACAAGAUCACCUUCACCAAAACGUUUGUACAACAUUACGCCUUCAUCAUGAAGACGCUGAUGAAGAGCCACGAAUCGGACACGAUGUCCAACCGCAUCGUUCACAUCAGCGUGCAGCUGUUCAGCAACGAAGAGCUGGCCAGACACAUGACGGAGGAGUGUCAGCUGCUUGAUAUCAUGGUCACGGUGCUCCUCUACAUGAUGGAAAGUUGUCUUAUCAAAAGUGAACUUCAAGAUGAAGAGAACAAUCGCCAUGUUGUGGUGAACUGCAGUGAGGCGCUGUUGAAGAACAACACCUACUGGCCCCUAGUUAGUGAUUUUAUAAACAUUCUGUCACACCAAAGUGUAGCAAAAAAGUUCCUGGAGGACCACUCCCUGCUCAUGCUGUGGAUGAGCUUUGUCUCAUUCUUCCAGGGUAUGAAUCUGAAUAAGCGAGAGUUGAAUGAACACGUGGAGUUUGAGUCUCAGACAUACUAUGCAGCCUUUGCAGCAGAGCUUGAGGCGUGUGCACAGCCUAUGUGGGGUCUCCUAACACACUGCAAAGUCAAAGAGACGCAGGAAUAUACAAAAACUGUGGUUCGCUACUGUUUGGAGACCCUGCAGAUCUGGUUUGAUGCCAUCGGCUUUAUCGAUGAGCCGGCUCCAAAUCAAGUAACAUUUCAUCUCCCACUUCAUCGCUAUUACGCCAUGUUCCUCAGUAGGGCUGUAAAAUGUCAAGGCUUGGAUUUGGACAGCCUUCUGCCCGAUCAAGAGAUGCUCAUGAAGAUCAUGGUGCAUCCACUCCAAAUACAGGCAAGUUUGUCUGAGAUCCACAGCAACAUGUGGGUCAGAAAUGGUCUGCAGAUCAAAGGACAGGCUAUGACUUACGUCCAGUCGCACUUCUGCAACUCCAUGAUUGACCCGGACAUUUACCUGCUCCAGGUUUGCGCCUCCAGACUCGAUCCCGACUACUUUAUCUCAAGUGUUUUUGAGAGAUUUAAAGUGGUUGACCUCUUGACCAUGGCGUCUCAGCACCAGAACGCUGUGUUGGAUUCCGAGCAGGAAAGACCCAUGUUGGAGGGAGCACUUACUUUUCUAGUCAUCCUGACGAGCCUUCGCAUCCAUCUUGGAAUGACCGAUGACGAGAUCCUUCGAGCUGAGAUGGUGUCUCAGUUGUGCAUGAAUGACCGUACUCACAGUGCCCUCUUAGAUCUCAUUCCUGAGAAUCCUAACCCAAAGAGCGGCGUCGUGCCGGGCAGCUGUAGCUUUGAGGAUAUGCUGUCCGCCGUGGCGGACUUUAAAGCGCCCGUGUUUGAACCCGGAGGCUCCAUGCAGCAGGGAAUGUACACACCCAAAGCUGAGGUGUGGGAGAAGGAAUUCGACCCCAUCAUGGUUGUUCUCAGAACGGUCUAUCGCCGCGAUGUCCAGUCAGCAAUGGACAGAUACUCAGCAUUUUUGAAGCAGUUCGGCAUUCACACCGGAAACCCAUGGCCACCCUACAAGGAGAGGACCCCUCUGCAUCCAUGUUACAAAGGUCUAACCCGCCUGCUGCACUGCAAGACGCUGCACAUUGUGAUCUUCACUCUUCUCUACAAGAUUUGGAUGGAUCAUCAGAACAUGUCUGAGCAUGUUCUUUGCAUGGUGCUCUACCUGAUCGAGCUUGGGUUGGACAACCAGGUUCAAGACAACAAAGAAGAUGAAGAGCCUUGCAUUGAGGAGCACUGCCACGACAGCUGGUUCCCGGGAACCAACCUCAUCUCCAACCUGCACCAUGUUAUAAACUUUGUGAGGGUUCGAGUUCCUGAGACGGCCCCUGAAGUGAAGAGGGAACCUCCUCCCAGCACCAGUACUGAAGCUGCGUCUUAUGGCCAAAACUCCAGGCGUCUUUCAGGAAAUUGGAGAGAGAACCUGCGAGAAGCUCAGGUAUUCAGCCUUGUGGCAGAGCGCAGGAGAAAGUUUCAGGAGAUAAUAAACCGCAGCAACACUGAAGCCGCUCAGGUUGUGAGGCCUAAAAGCUCGUCUACGCGUUGGGUUCCGCCAGGCACGCCCCCCCAGCUGGUAACCGAAAUCCUGGAGAUCCGAGAAAGCAUGCUGUCCCUCCUCAUCAAGCUGCAUCAGAAGAUGUCGUCUAAGCAAAACUCCCUGUCAGCAUCCUGGCUCGACGACGCGGACAUGGGCCGCCUCGCUCACGGAGACGGCAUUACCGCCAUUGAGCGCAUCCUCAGCAAAGCGGCCACACGCAGCUGCCAAAUCAAACGCAGCAUUCAGGACAUUUGUGGGAAGCUGUUCCCUCCAGUGCUGCCCAAAAAAAGCAGUCCCACUGACAAGAAAACCAUGGAUAAAGAAGAAAGACGUCAGAGGGCAAGAGAACGGCAGAAGAAACUUCUUGCCGAGUUUGCAUCACGCCAGAAGAGCUUCAUGGAAACAGCCAUGGAUGUUG